AUGAUAUAUUCGUUGAUAUUUUUGUGCGCAUUGGCAUCGCUUUCAUGUGCAUUUACACCAAAUGCUACCUCUUUCAAUGCUACUGAGUCUGAGAGUGUUGCUGUCUUCAGUAACUCAAGCAGUUUGCUGAGAUACAAUAGCUCUUCUGUGUUGUUUAGUAAUAACUACGGUAAAAACUGGACUGUUUUGCUUAACAAUACUGCGACACCUCAGAGACAUAAUGGUAGCAAUAGGACAUUCAACUACUUCGAUUUCCUAAAUAGUGAAUACUUUGAUGAUAUGGAAUCUUACUAUGAACCUGAAGUAAUUAUUGAUCCUUUGUAUAGUGAAUCAAGAGCAUUUUAUGGUUUUAAGAAUGUGUUCUACGUUUUUGACGCCCAGGGCAGAAAUGAAACAUCUGGACCUAUUUCAAACUUAACUAACUCUUCUAUGCUCUUUGAUGUGUCUACAAACGUACACAAUAAGAGUUUGAUUAUAUCUAAUUUCAUCGAGGUGUUAGAUACAAAACACUACCGUGGUAGAUCAUUCAUAUCGGUCAAUAACGGUACAUCUUUUAGAGAAAUAAAGCCAUCUAUUCCUAACUUGAAUGACAGUGUAGUUGACAAAUUCUUAUGUCACUUCCUGGCAUCUACUCCAACCACUAAAUUCAAAAACAGUAGUGAUUUAGUAUGUUUCUUCACAUCUACUAACAGGGGCUUCAAUAAUACUGUAUUUUUCUCAGGAGAUUUUGGUGUAACUUUGCAAGCCGUUAAUUUAUCGUCUGGAAUUUAUCCUUUGGAUGUUCAGAUAACAGACUCAUAUGUGAUCAUGCAGACCGCUAAUACUACAGCUGCUAAUUGGUUAUUCAAUCUUGGAGAUGAUAACGGAAACAGCGACGAUGAUUCUGAUGAUAGUGAUGACUUACCUCCUACGCCAACUGUUAGUGACUUCCCAGGAAUUUCAAAUUUCCCUGGUAUACCUGGUAUUAGUGGAUUCCCUAGCAUUAGUGGUAUUCCAGGCAUUAGCGAUAUACCACACCUCAGCGGCAUUCCUGGUAUUAGUGGUAUUCCAGGUAUUCCAGGUAUGCCUGGUAUUCCUGGCGCAAGUGGCAUCCCAGGUACAAGUGGAAUUCCAGGUGCUAGUGGCGUUCCGGGUGUAGAUGGUGUUGAUGGUGUUCCGGGUGUAGAUGGUGUAGAUGGUAUUCCUGGUGUUGAUGGUAUUCCUGGCAUUGACGGUAUUUCUGGAAUCGAUGGUAUUGAUGGUGCAAUAGGGGAUCUGUUUAGUCAAAUAUCUGAAUUGUUCAGAACAGUUGAUCUUUACGUAUCCAAAGAUGGUAAGGAUUUCAAUAGGGCUAACAUUCCAGCCAUUACUUACAAUGUCUUCUCAGUGAGUGAAAUAAUGGGAGGUAAGUUAAUAUUUAGUAAUGGCUUCUCACCAUUCACAUUGGGAUUUACGGAGGUAACGAAUAGUACGGCUUCUAAUAGUUCUACUAAUGUUUCUUCUGUAUUUAUUUCUGAUUCUACAGGGUUGAAUUUCACUAGUGCUAAUAUCAGCUACAGUGACUCAUUGUUCAGCCAACUCUACACUUUCGGGGAUUUAAAUGGUACUAUAAUCAUGGCUCCUCUUGGUAUAUGGAACUCGACAUCAAAGAUAUCAACUGAUAAUGGUGCAACAUGGAAUGAUUUGAAAGUCAACAGUUCUAGUGUAAAGGGAAAUUACUCUUGUAUUGCACACAACAACUGUACCUUACAGUUGUCCGCCAUUCUAGGAUAUUCAAAGACCGGUAUCAUGGUCGCGCAAGGAAAUAUUAAUUUAACUCCACAAGACUUCAACAGGACCUUCAAUAUAACUAAUCUUGAUGACUUGUAUGACGAUUACAAUCUAACGGAUAUAGAAACUGAUAGUGAUGAUUACUUCGAUAAUUUCUACCUUUUGACCACGACAUUCCUGUCAAAGGAUGGUGGUAUGACGUGGGAACAAAUAUUAGAUUACUCAAAGGCAGUUGCCCUUGGUAACUUUGGUAACAUCAUUGUUGCGGAAGACAAUGGCUUGAGAAAUACCACUGGUUUUGUGUACUCUUUGAAUAUGGGUGCUACCUGGGAUAGAUUACCUACAUCAGUGCCUUUGUUCUCCAAUGAUGUUAUUAGUACCACACCUGAUAGCUCCGGGUUGCAAUUCAUCCUAACCGGUGAGAGCAGAAGAGGAUUCCGAAAUGUUGCUGAAGUUGUAGACUUCUCUUCCUUGUUUAACGGGAAGCUUUGUAGCUCUUCAAGCGACUUGGAACAGUUUAAGCUGAAUAACGGUACUUGCCUGAACGGUUCUCGUUACGAAAUUAACAGAAGGGCUCCAUCAGCUCAGUGUCUACUGAAUAUUAAUAACACUAGGUGGGAUAUUUCUUCAUGCUGA